CCCGAAAUUUCACAAACGAAGAUAAUCUAGCAUUAAACGACGGCGCUUUACAGAUACAAACAAUCUCAGAAGUCAGAACUAGGAAGAUAAACAGAUAGACACAGUUGAAGGGCGGAGAGUUAACUCUAUUGUCAGAAAUGGCGAAAACAAAGAAAGAGCUGCUGGCGUCAGCGCCAUGGAGAGGACAAGAAGAGGAGAAAUUCAAAGACGCAAAGCUAAAGGCGACAAGAAACCAGUCAGGUUCAACCAUGCAUCUUCAUCGCAAGAAAAACAAUGGUGUUGAGAAAACAUAUGAAGAUGAUUCAAUCACUGAAUUGGAUCCUCAACUUCGUUACUCUUUUCAGCGCAAUUACCAGUUUCUUCAGAGCGUGUUCAGUAUCGACACUAUUGUCAAACCUCUUCCUCCUGCAAUGGCAUAUAAUGUUUCUCGCAACUUGAGUUUCUUUACGCGCAUCUUUACCCAGUUCUUCGAUCCAGAAGGAAUUUCAAAUGCUCAAAAAUCACUUGGACUGGGACAAGAAGAAAAAGUCCGUCAAGUUCGUUAAAAAAAACUCAAUAUAUUUUCCCAACCAGCUGUUAAUUUGCUAAAUCUGAACUUUGUAUUGACCAUGUAUAACUGUUUCUGCAUCAGCUCAUAUAUGAAGGAUAAAUAUUUGGUCUA